CUCGACACAACACUUCUCCUCUUUCGACUCUUUUUCUUUCCUUCUCUUUCUCUUUCCUUUUCUUUUCUUUUUCGGAUAUUCAUUACAAGGGCUGGCAGCAUCACCGCGGAUGCUAGGGAAUGGCAACGCAAUACGGCGCACAGGGAUCAGGGAUGGGAAAUCAAAAGAUACCACUUUGGGGUCUGGUUUUGGAAAUUGGCGGGGGGAAAUCCAACAGGCAUUGGGACGGGACUUACGGGAUAACGGCACGGGCACGGGGCACAAGGCACGGGCAUGCGCAGCAGAGAGCUCGGGGGGCAAAAGAAACCGUGCUCGGGUUUUUCGAUUCGGCAUUCAUAAUCAUUCGCAUGCAGAGAAAGAGAGAGAGAGAAAAAAAAGUUACAGGCCGCGCUGCUUUUUUUGGGGGGGGGUUUGGGCUUUGCUGGUCGACAUGGAAGGGCGGGCUGGCAGGGCUGGCAGGGCUGGCAGGGCUGGCAGGGCAGGGCUGGGCUGGGCGAGAGAGUGGGCAUGGGAUGGAUGGGACCUAGAGUGAUGCUUAUAUCCGCGAUGUUUUCGCCCCCCUCUAUUUUUUUUCCCCGGGUCUUCGUUUUUUACCUACCUACUUCUUUUUAAUCGAAUGGGUGCGAUUGUGUUGGGGGAGAAGAGGAAGGCUGGGA